AUGAACGGCAGCGAACUCGACUCGGUAGAGAAACUCUUGGACGAUAGUAUUGUCUAUAUCAAUCAAAGAAACCCUCAAAAGGCAGGGGAGUUGUUGGAGAGAGUGUUGGAGAUACGAACGAAAGAGUUUGGUGAAGAUGCUCUUUCUGUGGGAUUGACAUUCUAUUACAUUGGAAAUGUGCUGCGUAUGGAAGAGAGAUUCGAUGAAGCCUUGGAGAAACUCAACAGAGCACUCGCUAUUCUGAUGAAGGAAUCGGGAGAAAACCAUGCGUAUAUAGUAAAUACUUACGAACUGCUUGGCAGAGUCUUUCUCCAGCAAGGUAACUACGAAAAAGCCGAAGAAAUGUGCCGGAAGGUUGUGGAUCUCCAGGGCGGAUUUCAUGCACAAGAGUCGAAUUUGAUGGAUCUGAGCCAAAAUCUAGCGCUGUCAUUGCAAAUGCAAGGCAAGUUUUCAGAAGCAAUCAAGAUACAAAAGGUCGUGCUUGUAAAACUACUACAAAUACACGGUGAAGACCACCCCGACGUUGUACUUGUAUACAUUGCCAUUGCAGGGCUAUUAAAAGGCCAAAAGAGAUUGGAUGAUGCUCAUCAGAUGCUUGAUAAAAGCAUCGAAAUUUGCUAUCGGCUACAAGAACUGGGAGACGACUUCGACACAGUUAACCUGGUACGAGCGCUCCGCACCAAAGCAGGGUUGCUGGAAGAGCAAGGUAACAUGGAAGGUUCCACGGAGAUGCUUCACAAAGUGACAAUGGUGCAAAAGGAAUCUCUAGGUGAAAUGCACCCCUCAACAGCAGAGGCCUAUGAAAAGCUUGCAGUAGCAUAUGCCAAACGAGAAAUGCAGGAGGAUGGCAUCAAUGCUCUCAACAAGGCUCUGGAGUUUCGCCAAACAGUGCUUGGCGAGGACCAUCCCGACACAAAAAAGGUUGUGGGGUUCCUUAUAAUGUUAAACCGAGAGAAAAUUGCGAAAGCGCUGCGAUUACAAGGACUGGCAUUGAAUGCAAAAGGCGAUUCGGCAAUGGCGAUACGACUCUUCCACGAAGCGCUGGAUGUUUACAAGGAAAUCUAUACUGCUCAUCCUAAGAUGGCAACAGUCUACGAGAGUAUUGCGACCGUCAAGGUUGAACAGGGUUUACUGGAAGAUGGCAUCGCUGCGAGUGCAGAAGCCCUUAAGAUUCGUCGCAAAAUGCAAGGUGACGAUGACACUGACACGAAGGGACGUAUGGAAGCGCAUCGAUCUUUGCUCAAACGUCUCUUGGAGAAUCGUAACGAAAUGAGGGAACUGAGAUAA